UAUAUCAUUACGGAUCAAAACUAAUUAGAAAAUUGGAAAUGUGUAUAUGUUAAUAGCAUUUACUUUAAAUUAAAAGUUGCAGUAAUAGUUAGCAAAUUGUAAUGUACAAUGACAAAGAAAUUUAUUACUUAAUUUAACCUCUAAGUAUGUGAAUUUCAGUAGCUUUAAUAUUAUUUGCCCAAUGAUGUUUUGGAGAAAAAUAUGAAACGUGAAUAAGUAUUAUACACAAUAAUUUAAUGGUAAAUUCACGGAAAUAGUGUUAUAAAGUUAGUAAAUAUGACGUCGGCAAUUGAGAUCGUAUGGAGGCAAGCAUUAAAAACAUUUGACGGACGAAAAAACGUCGGAUUCAAGCUUUGCUUAAAGAACUUUGACAAAUUAUGGAAUUUGAUGAAUAAAAUCACAGCCGAGGAUGUGAAUUUAAACAAGCAAGUCCUUGACUCCAUACAGAUGCAACCUGCACCAAUGUGUGUUAUUGACAUAUUUGAAAAUAAGGAUCUGACUAUUUCAAUUUUUAUACUCAAACAUGGAGUUACAAUGCCAAUGCAUAAUCAUCCUGGAAUGCAUGGCUUUUUAAAAGUGAUCAGUGGGGAGGUUCAAGUGAACAGCUACACUUUGAAGACAAACGAUGAUCACAGAAUCAAAUUGAAUAAAAAAAUAACAGCACUUAGACACCGACCGAUAACUUUACACAGUAAUUCACCUGCUUGUGUUCUUAUGCCGCGGGAUAAAAAUUUACAUGAAAUUUCAUGUAUCGAGGGCCCGGCUGCAUUCUUAGACAUACUUAGCCCACCGUAUGAUGUAGGUGAUUGUGGAAAUGGGCCAAGACCAUGCACAUUUUUCAAAACUAUUAGUUCUAAGCUAUGUACAGAUUCAGCAGACAUAAUCGAAGAAGUCAAGUUAUUAGUUAUUGAAGGUCCACCAGAUUUCUAUUCUAAAAGUCUUAAAUACACAGGACCACCUUUAAUGUGAUGCGAAAUAUCAAAACAUAUUUUAUGUUUAAUCUGUUAAAAAGUUUGGCAUUUUAUAGCAUUAAUUUACAGUUCAAAGCAUAAUUUAAAUUAUAUUACGGAAGUCCGAAAAAUAUUUAAGUUCUAAUCGAAUGUAUAUUAUU